AAUCACUGCAUUCAUUUGUGCUGAGUGAGCAUUCCACAAUUAGCAAACUGGAGAAUGCCUGUUAUCAAGCGGUAUGUGUUGAGAUUGUUUAUAUCAUUAAAGUACAUUACUGCAAACGUGGUUGAUAGAAACAAUGGUCGGAUUGUAGCAACAUCAUCCACUGCAGAACACACCAUUAAAGAGUCACUUGAGUGUGGCCGAUCCUGCAAUGCAAAAGCAGCCGCUAUUGUUGGGGAGGUGUUGGCCAGGCGGCUCAAAGUUGAGGGGCUUAAUGAAGGACAAGGAAAAGGGAUUCAUGUAAAUGUAAGUAAAGAAGUAGGGAAGAAAGGAUUUAAGAACCAAACCAAGGUUUGGGCUGUUGUGAAUGCUCUUAAGAAUAAUGGAGUUGCACUCAUCCAUGAUGAUGAGGAUGAUGACAAAAACUUUUGGCCUAAUUCAUAAUAUAGCAAUGUAGUGAGUCUUCUUCGAA